CGCGAGAAAACAAAACCUCGCGGUCAGCAACUUCCGAGUAGAAAAGAAUUCGCGGGAGAUUGACCUGCAGACGCCUUUUUUGUUGUGAAAGACACAUUUACGAGACUUUAUUUACAAAAUGAGUUUGUGGGUGGAUAAAUAUCGACCGACUUCCUUGGGAAAGCUCGAUUAUCAUAAAGAACAAGCGACUCAGCUGAAAAACUUGGUUCAAUGUGGAGAUUUCCCCCACUUGUUAGUUUACGGUCCCUCUGGAGCUGGAAAGAAAACCCGCAUCAUGUGUCUGCUGAGGGAGCUGUACGGAGCCGGGGUGGAGAAGCUCCGUAUUGAGCAUCAGACCAUAGUGGCCCCUUCAAAGAAAAAAAUUGAGAUCAACACCAUUGCCAGCAACUAUCACUUGGAGGUCAAUGCGAGUGAUGCAGGAAAUCAGGACCGUGUGGUGAUUCAGGAGCUCAUUAAAACUGUGGCUCAGUCCCAGCAAAUCCAGUCAAGCACGCAGCGAGAGUUCAAAGUUGUGUUGCUAACAGAGGUGGACAGACUCACUAAAGAUGCCCAGCAUGCUUUGCGUCGAACCAUGGAGAAGUACAUGGCCACCUGCCGUCUCAUCCUCUGCUCCACAUCCACCUCCAAAGUCAUCGGGCCAAUCAGAAGUCGCUGUCUGGCUGUGAGAGUUCCUCUGCCGAGCACAGAGGAGGUUUGUAGUGUUUUGACUUCAGUUUGUAAAAAGGAAGGUCUGAAUUUGCCGCCUGAGCUGGCCAGACACAUCAGUGAAAAGUCCGGCCGUAAUCUGCGCAAAGCGCUUUUGAUGUGCGAGGCCUGCAGAGUGCAGCAGUAUCCGUUCUCCACUGAUCAGGAAGUCCCAGAGACGGACUGGGAGGUCUACCUGAGGGAGACGGCCAACGCCAUCGUCAGCCAGCAGAAUCCUCAGAGGCUGUUGGAGGUCCGCGCCCGGCUGUACGAGCUGCUGACUCACUGCAUCCCUCCUGAGAUCAUCAUGAAGGGUCUGGUGAAGGAGUUGUUGAGUAACUGUGAUGGCCAGCUGAAGGCGGAGGUGGCCCACAUGGCAGCUUAUUAUGAACAUAGACUCCAGCUGGGCAGCAAAGCCAUCUACCACCUGGAGGCCUUCACAGCCAAGUUCAUGGCCAUCUACAAGAAGUUUAUGGAGGACGGCCUGGAGGCCAUGAUGUUCUAGGUUUAAGUCGUAUUGUUAUGAAGCUCAAAUAAGACUUUGUAAGACAUGAAUUUCCCUGCAGGAUUUAUUGGCAUAAAUGGUCCCAGAAUGAAGUUUGAGCUUUAUGCUGCAGAUUGUCUGUAAAUGUUGUUACUCUUGUUUUGCAAAACUAAAAGUUUUGAUGUAAAGUUUGUGAAAACCUGUUCUGAUGAUAAUAAAUGUACUUUAAAAUGGAA